AGCCAACAUCCCUCUUUCUGCGUCAUGCUCACACACAAACAUAUUACUGGUAACUUGUAAUACAUUGCGGGAGGCGAAGGGGUUCUCAACAGUACUCAUCCAAGUGCUGACCAGUUAGAGUUCAGUAGUAGGGUGGCAAAGCUGGCAGAGUGCUAAAAAAAUAGACAAAAACAAAGCUAUUCUUUUUGCUGCUUAGAUAACAAUAGCCAAGAUCCUUUUCUAUAGAAGUUAUCCCUAAAAUAAUGGAAGUGGUUUUGACCAGACUGAGAGACUUCUCAUGUAAGGAAGCCACCUUCGAUGACAGAGAUCGGCCGGCGGCAGAGGAGGUGUGCAGGGUAGGGAGCCUGAGUCCUCACCACAGUGGCCGGCUGGAUAUCGAGAGCGCCUUGGCCUGGCUCCGGCGAGAGCUGAUGGAGAUGCGCUCUCAGGACCAGGUCCUUAUCCGACAGCUGAUGGACCUCCAUGCAGGCAUCCAAGAGCUGAAGCAGGAGUAUGUCCUGGAUAAUGGGGAGGAAGAGGAAGAGGCAGUACCAGAAGAGGAGGAAGAACCAUGCUGGGACUCGGGGAGUGAGGCUGGAGGGAGCAGCUCAUCCUCUUACUCAGGAGAGAGCAGCUUGUACCCGUCCGUUUACCCCCUAUUCCACAUCAGUGCACUGCACUUCAGCUUUCAGCCCAAGAGGGCCUUCAGCCGACGCAGCUCAGUGCCAUAACGAGGUGGCAGGGCCAGCCAAACGAAUGGAGAGCUCACUUAGUACAUUCUCCGAUGCCCGCACGUUAUCAAAGUAUCACUGCCUGCACCCUACCAUAACCACAGUGCAUUAUGUAUGGUUAGUAUAAGGGAAGCAUUCUGGAAACACAUGUGACUGCUUUUGUAGGCACUAUUCAUAAGCGGUAGGUUGGAGUAGCUUUUGUUGUGAGCUCUGAAUAUUGUCACUGAUCUCAGUUUCACUUUGACAAGGUCUCUUGACAUUGGCUGCGGUUCUCUAUUGUGUAACUAAAUUGUAUGCCACUGACAAACUUUGUUUUGAUAAAGCACUUUGUAGGUGCGUGCGUGUGUGUGUGUGUGUGUGUGUGUGUGUGUGUGUGUGUGUGUGUGUGUGUGUGGACAAAGAUUUGAAAGUAUGUGCCUUAUGCCUUUCACAAUAGUGUUAGUCUUUAUAUUUGUGUUUAUAUUUGCAUAGAAUUCUUAAUGCAUGUGCGAUUACAUUUGCCCUUCACCGAUAAAGGAAUACACUGCCUUAGCAAUUAACAACGCUGCACCAUGUUGAACUAUAGCAAAGGUCUUUAUCAAAUGAAUGCCUCAGUCAGUGCAUCAGUGAUCUUUAUGACAGCGACUCAGACUGAAUCGCUGCAGUCUCUGCAAUCAACAUUGGAUGGUGACUGAGGGUUUGGUGGAGCUGUUAAUUGUACUUAAAGCUGUCACCAGCAUUCAUUGACUAAUCAGUCCUGUUGAUCAUAGAUUAAAAUAACACCAGAAUCAAACAUUUUAAUCCUGCAACAAUAAUCACUCUAAAGGUUUUUUGUAGUAUUAUAAUUAUGUUUUCAUAAUCUUUCCAUCUAGACAAUUACUUGUAACACAAACAAACUUAAGAAUGACAAAUCAAAGCAAAUGUAUUUAUUGAAAAGUAAUCAGAGAGUGUUUAUAUGCAUGGCACUGAAUUUCCAGCUCUACUGCACAGCGUAUAAAUAAAUUCAGUUCAAUUCAA